CAGUUGUCUUUUCAGUAUUCUCUUUUUGCCUCCAAUUGUUUUGGAAACGUGUGCUAGUUUGUCACCAUACUGGGUAAAAUUCAAUGCUUCGUCGGACUGUUUCGUUGGAAUCUUGUACAAUCUCAACUGUCCUGAAAAUACUACAGGACUAGGAUCAUCAAUCGUAAAUCUUCAACUCACAGCAUUUGCUUUCACGGUGGCUCAAAUCCCAUUCUCACUGACAGUUGGAAUCGCUUUCCAACUAAAAGAAACCGAUUUCAUAAUGUUUUGUGGUGGCUGUUCUCUACUUUUGUUCUUGGUUUUAUAUCCAAUUUCAGGUAUCCUUGCCUUUGCGGGAUGUAUAUUAAUUCUGAGAGAUUACCCAGACUUUGAGAGAGGAUGGUCCUUUGACCUCUGUUUGGCAUCAUCUAUUUUAAUUUUAAUUGAGAUUAUCAUAACUAUGGCUUUUAUUAGGGUAAUAGGAUCCUCAAAAACUAAAUCUGACGGGAAAUCUGAAGAGGCUUUCGAAGCAAAGGAUAACAAUAAAGAUGCUGAAGCACAAACACAGUCCAACACUCAUGGAUACAGCAUAAUGAGAUUCGCUCAAGUGGCAAUUACAGUGGGAGCUAAAGCUGCUAAAAAUGUCAUAGGGGUGAAGUAGUGAACACAGAGUUACUUUGUGCAGUGAAAUGGUAUAUGAUGGUCCCGAAUUAUUUAUUAAAUUAAAUAUUAUGAAUUUUAUCAUCGCAUUGAUGGCAAAUAUAUUGUGAAAAUCCUAAGCAAAAUAGCCCAAAUGUUAGCUUAAUAUUAACAAUUUUAGUAAUAUCUAAAACUUUACAUUAUUAACCCCCACUUUUAAUUUUCUUUUCUGAAUAUAUAAUAUUACUUCGACCAUUCUGUUUCAAUUCA